AAAAGGAUUCUAGAAAGCCACAUCUUGAAUGCAAUAAAGAGACCAAUAAUAUAGGAAGAAGAAAUCCUCUCAAGGUGAUGAUCUUGCAGAAUUCUUGGCCUCAAAGAUAAGAAAGAAAGAAAAAGAAAAGCCAAGUAUCUAUAUUACAAUUAAACACCCUUAUUACUGUUGAUAUGGCGGAGGAACCUUAUGCAUGCUUAGCCAGUGGACAGAGCUUCACCCGCAGUUCAGGUCUACAUUCACAUCAAAGGACUCACACUGGGGAGAAACCCCAUAAAUGUCUGGAGUGUGGAAAGAGCUUCACUGAGGCCAAAGUUCUACGUAGACAUCAGAGGACUCACACUGGGGAGAAACCCUAUACAUGCGUGGAGUGUGGAAAGAGCUUCACUCAGAGUGGACAUCUACGUAAACAUCAAAGGACUCACACUGGGGAGAAACCCUAUACAUGCCUGAAGUGCGGAAAGAGCUGCACUGCUAGAGAAAAUCUACGUUCACAUCAAAGGACUCACACUGGGGAGAAACCCUAUACAUGCCUGGAGUGUGGACAGAGCUUUGCUCAGAGGGGACAUCUACGUAAUCAUCAAAGGACUCACACUGGGGAGAAACCCUAUACAUGCCUGGAAUGUGGACAGAGCUUCACUCAGAUUUCAGUUUUACGUUCACAUCAAAGGACUCACACUGGGGAGAAACCCUAUACAUGCGUGGAGUGUGGAAAGAGCUUCACUCAGAGUGGACAUCUACGUAAACAUCAAAGGACUCACACUGGGGAGAAACCCUAUACAUGCCUGAAGUGCGGAAAGAGCUACACUGCUAGUGAAAAUCUACGUUCACAUCAAAGGACUCACACUGGGGAGAAACCCUAUACAUGCCUGGAGUGUGGAAAGAGCUUCACUGAGAGUGGAAGUCUACGUAAACAUCAAAUGACUCACACUGGGGAAAAACCCUAUACAUGCCUGAAGUGCGGAAAGAGCUUCACUAAUAGUGGACAUCUAUAUUCACAUCAAAGGAUUCACACUGGGGAGAAACCCUAUACAUGCCUGGAAUGUGGACAGAGCUUCACUCGGAGUUCAAGUCUAUGUUCACAUCAAAGGACUCACACUGGGGAAAAACCAUUUAAAUGCCUAGAGUGUGGACAGACCUUCACUUACAGUGGAAGUUUACGUCAACAUCAAAGGACUCACACCGGGGAGAAACCCUAUUCAUGCCUGGAGUGUGGAAAGAGCUUCACUUACAGUGGAAGUCUACGUUCACAUCAAAGGACUCACACUGGGGAGAAACCCUAUUCAUGCCUUGAGUGUGGACAGAGCUUCACUCAGAGUGGAAGUCUACGUAAACAUCAAAGGACUCACACUGGGGAGAAACCCUAUAAAUGCCUUGAGUGUGGAAAGAGCUUCACUGAGAGUGGAACUCUACAUUCACAUCAGAGGACUCACACUGGGGAGAAACCGUAUAAAUGCCUGGAGUGUGGAAAGAGCUUCACUCAUAUCUCAAGUCUACGUUUGCAUCAAAGGACUCACACUGGGGAGAAACCUUAUACAUGCCCGGAGUGUGGACAGAACUUCGCUUAUAGUUCUGGUCUACAUUCACAUCAAAGGACUCAUACAGGGCAGAAACCCUAUAAAUGCCUGGAGUGCGGCCAAAGCUUUGCUAAGAGUUCAAGUCUAUAUUCACAUCAAAGGACUCACACAGGGGAGAAACCCUACACAUGCCUUGAAUGUGGGCAGAGCUUCUCUCAGAGUGGAACUCUACAUUCACAUCAAAGGACUCACACUGGAGAGAAACCUUAUAAAUGCCUCGAGUGUGGACAAAGUUUCAGUCAUAGUUCAGGUGUACAUUCACAUCACAAGACUCACACUGGGGAGAAACCCUAUAAAUGCGUUGAGUGUGGACAGGGUUUCACUUAUAGUGCAAGUCUACGUUCACAUCAAAGGACUCACACUGGAGAGAAACCCUAUACAUGCCAAGAGUGUGGAAUGAGUUUCUCCGAGAGUCAAAAUCUACAUUCACAUCAAAGGACUCACACUGGGGAGAAACCCUAUACAUGCCUGGAGUGUGGGCAGAGUUUCACUCAGAAUGGAAGUCUUCAUAAACAUCGAAGGACUCAUACAGGAGAGAAACCCUAUAUAUGCCUGGAGUGUGGAAAGUGUUUCACUCGUAGUUUGAGUCUACAUUCACAUCAACGGACUCACACUGGGGAAAAACCCUAUACAUGCCUUGAGUGUGGACAGGGUUUCACUUAUAGUGCAAGUCUACGUUCACAUCAAAGGACUCACACUGGAGAGAAACCCUAUACAUGCCAAGAGUGUGGAAUGAGUUUCUCCGAGAGUCAAAAUCUACAUUCACAUCAAAGGACUCACACUGGGGAGAAACCCUAUACAUGCCUGGAGUGUGGGCAGAGCUUCACUUACGGUUCUGGUCUACAUUCACAUCAAAGGACUCACACUGGGGAAAAACCCUAUACAUGCCUUGAGUGUGGGCAGAGCUUCACUUACGGUUCUGGUCUACGUUCACAUCAAAGGACUCACACUGGGGAGAAACCCUAUACAUGCCUGGAAUGCGGACAGAGCUUCACUGUGAGUGGAGGUCUACGCAGACAUAAGAUGACCCACACUGGGGAGAAACCCUUUAAAUGCCUGGAGUGUGGACAGAGCUUCACUGAGAGUGGAAGUUUACGUUCACAUCAAAGGACUCACUCUGGGGUGAAACCCUAUAUGUGCCUGGAGUGUGGACAGAGCUUCACCGAGAGUGGAAGCCUACGUUCGCAUCAAAGGACUCACACCGGGGAGAAACCAUAUAAAUGCCCGGAGUGUGGUCAGACCUUCACCCAGAAUGGAAGUCUACAUAGACAUCAGAGGACUCACACUGGGGAGUAACUCUGUAAAUGCUUGGAGUGUGGAAAGAACUUCUCUGAAAGUUCAAAACUAGAAUUCACAUCGAGGAGGAUUCAUAGCUUUCAAAACACCCCUUACCUCACAUGCCUGUAGCACACAAAAUGGCCAUUUUCUUCUCCUUUUCCUGUGUGACUUCUAAUAUCUUUGCCACUUGCUCUUUCUCUCCCUCUCUCUUCAUGAAACCAAACAGACCAAGGGGGGAAAAAUAUCAGAUCAACUAAAUUCCUCAAAACAGACAAGAGCAAAGGAUUUUUGGAAAGACACGACUUUUUAGAGAUCAUAACCUUUCGGAAAACCGAAAUCUCCAUACCUUUUGGAGAAUAAUGGCAUUCGCAACCAUUUGAAAAUCAUAACCUUUGGUAGAAGUAUAAUCUUCCAGAGAAGAGCCAAAAACCCAUUUGAGUAAAAUCUUCUCUUCAGUGGUCUAUAUCCACAUGUACUUACGCACGGCAAUUUGGUUUCCAGUUGUUAGACUGAUAAACUGGUUUAUUUAUUUAUUUAAUUUACAGUAUUUAUAUUUCGCCCUCUCACCCCGAAGGGGACUCAGGGUGGAUCACAAUGUACAUAUACAUGGCAAACAUUCAAUGCCAUACAACAUGCCGACAGACAUAAAGACACAGAAGCAAUUUAAUAUUUUCCAGCUUCCGGCUUCAUGAGGGUAUGCUAGAUUCCGGCCACAGGGGUAACUGCUGCUUCAUCAUCCACUGUGACACCUAGUCCUUGAUGGAUUGCUUCCUCAUUCCUUUCCACACACUGCUGGACAAUUUUUAUGGUGUUGUAAAUUAGUUAAAUUAGCCUCCCCGCAUAACCGGUACCUAAAUUUCCUACUUGAUAAAUGCAACUAUCUUUUGGGUUGCUUAGGUCAACAAAGAGCUGGGCUAUUUAUAAUGGUCGGGCACUCAAUCCGACCCGGGCUGGCUUCGAACUCAUGACCUCUUGGUCCAUAGUGAUUUAUUGCAGAUGGCUACUAACCAACUGCACCACAUCCCGGCCCUGGUUGUCUCUGAUCUGUUAGGAACCGAAAUUAUGCUAAUGCACAAACACAGGAGAGUUUCAGAAGUGUUUUCUUCAGUGCCCUAAAAGUCUCACCUCCCAUAAAACAUCUUGUUUCUAUAUCAUGCUCUCAAGAGACAAAAAUAAAGUAGACUUUGUUAAAAGUAACAUAUUUGGUUUACUCACAACCUUCAUGUAUUCAGCAUACAGGUACAUAACUUGUCAAUCCAGUUACAGAUAGGAUUUGAAGUACUGUAUAUACUCGAGUAUAAGCCUAGUUUUUCAGCCCUUUUUUUAAGACUGAAAAAGCCCCCCUUGGCUUAUACUCGGGUGAGGGUUCUGGUUGGCUUAUAUUUGGGACAGCUUAUAGUCGGGAAUAUAUGGUACAUUUAUUAUUUUUCUCUAUUAUUAUUGGUAUUAUUACAUUUACAGAAGAGUCUCGCUUAUCCAACGUAAAUGGGCCGGCAGAACGUUGGAUAAGCGAAUAUGUUGGAUAAUAAGGAGGCAUUAAGGAAAAGCCUAUUAAACAUCAAAUUAGGUUAUGAUUUUACAAAUUAAUCACCAAAACAUCAUGUUAUACAACAAAUUUGACAGAAAAAGUAGUUCAAUACGCAGUAAUGCUAUGUUGUAAUUACUGUAUUUACGAAUUUAGCACCAAAAUAUCACAAUAUAUUGAAAACACUGACUACAAAAAUGCGUUGGAUAAUCCAGAACAUUGGAUAAGUGAGUGUUGGAUAAGUGAGACUCUACUGUAUUAUUUUUCUCUAUUAUUGUUGCUACUAUUACAUUUAUUUUACUCUAUUUUUAUUAUUAUUAAUUAUACAUUUAUUAUUUCACUCUGAUAUUAUUAUUGCAUUUAUUAUUUUACUCUAUUUAUUAUUACAUGUAUUAUUUUCCUGUAUUUAUUAUUAUUAUUAUUACAUGUAUUAUUUUACUCUAUUAUUAUUAAAAGGAUACAUAAGCACAUUGACAUUGAAGAAGAUGAGAAUAAUGAUUGGAUCAGAGUUGGACAGUCUUAUCUUAAAUUUGAGCUUUAUGUAAAUAUAACAUAACAUUUAACCUACUGAUGCCUCAAUUAAUGUCAUUUUAUUGGUAUCUAUUUUUAUUUCUGAAAUUUACCACCCUCGGCUUAUACUGGAGUCAAUGUUUUCCCAGGUUUUUUUUGUGGUAAAAUUAGGUGCCUCGGCUUAUAUUCGGGUCGGCUUAUACUCAAGUAUAUACGGUAGUUUCUCUGUGCAGAUAGCACAGGGCAUCUCUCUUACAAUCAACAGCGACAUGAGUUUGCUCUUAACAGUCCAUAGUCGAAUGGAGUCUGUCUUGUCUUCUGAAAUGGAGUCUGAGCUCAGAGCAGUCCCAGAUCUGGUCACGUGGUUUCUCACAAUCUCAAGAAACAUAAAGGGAAAGCUGCAUUCCAAAAACACACAUACAAUACUGUAAGCAAACAGAAUCUAAUCUUAUCUAAAUCUAAAUCUAAUCUAUCUAAUCUAUCUACUCUAAAUCCAUAAUAAAAGUGAAAACCCGUAUGUGUGUAUGUGGCACAGGUGUCUGCUCAGACAAACAGCCUCCGGCCUCCACAGACAGGCUCCCGUUCCCAGUGCUGAGGAGCCACCAAGUCACUCUUUUCCACUGACAUUGCGGUUACAGCGAGCGCCAUGAACAUGCAGCCCAGCCCCUGCCAAUGUCCUUCCCAACACUACGGCCCCUCACCCAAGGAAGGCUUUCGUUUGGGGACUAUUUCAUCCUAGAUUUUACCUUUUCCUCCACCACAGGCAGGCAUCCCAGGGUUCUCCAUUGGUGUGGAAUUUGCAUGGCCCCGCCCACUGCCCUUUCCAAUCUCUCUGCAUAACAAACAGAGCAGAACUGAGCUCCAACUAAACUUACUGGAGGAGUUUUGGGAUUGACUCCACAUGGUGGAAGUUGUAGUUCACCUGCAUCAAAUCAGAGCCCUGUGACUCCUACUGGGUAAUUUAGAGGAGUUGUAGUUCACCUACACCCAGAACGCACUAUGAACCCAAACAAUAAUGGGUCUGGACCAUGUUGAAGUGAGGAUGAUUGUAUAUAGAGUUGUUUAAAUGUAAUUGAGUCAUGUGUGCAAUGUGUACUGGAGAUUGCAUCAUACACUGUGAUUGCAUCAUAUACAGCUUACUAUACCAGUGUGUAAAGGGUUAAGCUUGUAUUGCAUCAGACAGCAGAGGAUGAGAUAAAUAGCCCUCUACUUCCUAUCUCUGCCCCUUCCCGUGUGUGCCUGCGUGAGAGCUGUGUAUUGUCUUGUGAGGAUUCCGUUUGUAAGUAAACAUUUUGAUAGAAAA